CAGACCACAUGGUUCAAGGAAAGUCAAGCGAGCUGUACGGAAGAGACACUUUAAGCUGAAAUAAUUGACCGUAAACUUUAUUCCUUCAGUAUUUCUUAUUCUCAUAUGUUCUAUGCGUAUUCUGUAUUGAAGAUGAAUAGUGUUGGAGAGGGCUGCACUGACCUAAAACGGGAAUAUGACCAGUGUUUUAACCGUUGGUUUGCUGAGAAAUUCUUGAAGGAAGAUCGAAGCGGUGAUCCCUGUACCGAAAUGUUCAAGAAAUAUCAGCAUUGUGUCCAGAAGGCCAUCAAAGAAAAGAACAUUCCCAUUGAUGGUGUAGAAUUCAUGGGCCCCAAUAAAGAGAAACCAGACAGCUGACAGAUGUGAUGGAGGAGCUCCCCAACAACUUUGUGCUCUGUCACACUUGCAUUGCUCACUGGGCUUGCCAUGGACCAUGUACAGGGUUUCCACCCUUCUAUCUUGGAUUGGGUUUUGUUUUAAGGUCGCUGUCCUAAUGUGGAGAUUAAUGAGCAUUCAUAUGAAGGAUCCAACAUGCUAAAUUACAUGACGAUGGGUAUUGUAAUUUGUAUGUUGUGCAUGGAUUACAAGUGGAAGCUAUGAAUCCAGUCAUUUGGGUCAGGCCAAUAAAUAUCCAUGGUCACAAGAUGCAUGUAAAGUGGUGGUCACAUUGGAUACUCAUUGUAAAGGACUAUGAUGCUUUGCAAAGGGAGUUUCAUUUUUUUCCAGUUAUAAAAUUGUUGUCUACUGUAAGAGUGACCUGGCUUAAUGUCCCUCAAGACAACUGAAGAAUGCAUUAAUGUGGAAGCAUUGGGCUAGAAGAGAAAACUCAAACAUCAUACAAGGACAUUUAUUUGGUUUACACUGUGGAAGAGCAGAUGUUGUCUCUCACUCUUAGCUCCAUUGCACUUCAGUUUUCAGUGUGUUUUUGUCUCUGUGUAUGAUGCAAUGUAAUGCUGUGAUUGACAUGUACAUUGACAAAGCAAUAAAUAGGAGAGAAUCAUGUUCCAUUA